CAGUCCCCUACCACCCACAUCAUCAUCCGCACUACUUCUUCUGAAGUUGAAGGACCCGUCAUGGGCGCCGAGAAACAAUCUCGCUCCCCCACGCCUUCCACUAUCGACGAAGAACUUGAGCAUGACCUCGUCAUCGUCGAACACGAACACACGCCCCCUCCUGCUUCACGCAGUCCUUCUCCACCCCCCGCAGACAUUCCCCUUCACCCUAUGCAUCAUCAUCACCACCGCCACCAUCACGAACAUGCUUUUGGUCCAGGCGGACCACACAUCAUGGGACGUGGAAGAGGCGAGAUGGGUCAUCACGGAGGUGGACAUCAUGGAGGAUUCAGAGGUGGGAGAGGUCGUGGAGGCUUCGGAGGCGGCUUCGGUCGUAUGAUGGGAAUGGAAGGUGAAUUUCCUCCCUUCCCUCCCCCUCCGCACCACCCACACGAAGACCAAGGUCUUGGUCCAGACGGUGAGCAGCCUGGACCUCAAGGUCCUCGCCCUCACCAUGGUCAUCGUCACGGGCAUCGCCACGCUGGCCCAGGCUUCGGUAUAAACGCAACUCAUCCGUCCACUUUCCCCCCGCCUCCGCACAUGCAUCCUCAUCAUCAUCGCCGCCACCACCACCGUCACGGCGGCCCAGGAGGACCCGAAGAUCUCGAAGGAACCUCAGGCGAAUCUGACGGAGAACGUCAUGGUCGUGGAGGAUUCGGUGGGCGGGGCAGACACGGUGGUCAUCAUCAUCAUCACCCCUACUGUUACGGAUCUCCUUCCAGUGGAGAGGAAGACGGAGAAUUUGAAGGAAUGGCCGGUUUUGGUGGAGGGAGAGGCAGGGGAGGGUUUGGCGGAGGCCGUGGCGGUGGCGGUCUCGGCGGUAUGGGCGAACAUCGGGGAAUGGGAAGGCAUGGUCGUGGUGGGUUUGGAGGGUUUGGAGGGUUUGGGCCUGGUAUGGACGGUGAUCGUCGAGGACAUCGUCAUGGCCAUGGUGGGCACGGACACGGUAUGCGCGGUAUGGGCAUGGACAUGCCAGGAAGAGGUCGUGGCGGGUUCGGACCCGCUAAUGUCGACUUCGGAGGGCUCGGCGGAGGGGUCUGUGUGUUCUGAACGUAAUAUGGUGCGGUAGUGGGGCUCGCAGGGACGGUAAGAUGUUGGUUUGGAGGUCAUACACGGUACUAUGCGUCCUCGUUUCCUUUCUUUUUUUCUUCGCCAUUCUAGUUCGCCCAGAACAUUGGUCUCCUCUAUUAUGUUUCUUCUCCCAGAGGUGGUAUAUGGUAUGUCCUCGGGUCGCAGCAGUCGUCCCACAUUGUGUGAUUCUCCCUCAAGUUUCCGUGUCUGCCUCAAAUCGAUGUUAUCGGCACUGUCUCUACUGCG